AAAUGACCUGAUUUGGGGUCCCGGGAAAAGGAAGAGCUGGGAUGGACAUGUGAGUUUUGCAUGCUGCAGCAUCUUACCCCAAAAAGGGUCCUCACUCAGCCUCCCGGGAUUUGUUUGCAGCAAGCAUGGGUAAGAAAAGCAAGAAGGAGAAGAAGGUGAAGGGGGCCGAGAAGACAGCUGCCAAGAUGGAGAAGAAAGUCUCCAAAAGAGCCAAAAAGGAGGAGGAGGAUCUGGAAGCCUUGAUCGCUGAAUUUCAAACACUGGAUGCUAAGAAAACUCAAGUGGUUGAGGCUGCCUGCCCCCCACCCUCACCGAGACUCAAUGCUUCUCUGUCUGCCCAUCCCGAGAAAGACGAGCUAAUUCUCUUUGGAGGUGAAUAUUUCAAUGGCAAAAAAACAUUCCUCUACAAUGAGUUGUUUGUUUACAACAUUCGGAAGAACAGCUGGGCGAAAGUCGACACCCCGAACCCUCCUCCCCGCCGUUGUGCUCAUCAGGCCGUGAUGAUUGCACAGGGAGGUGGACAGCUGUGGGUGUUCGGCGGGGAAUUUGCUUCACCGGACGGUGAGCAGUUUUACCACUACAAGGAUCUCUGGGUCUUGCAUUUGGCCAGCAAAACAUGGGAGCAAAUCAAGGCCCCUGGGGGUCCCUCGGGUCGCAGCGGACAUCGGAUGGCCGUGUGCAAGCGACAGUUGAUGGUCUUCGGAGGGUUCCAUGAAAGCGCGAGAGAUUACAUCUACUACAACGACGCCUAUGCCUUUAACCUGGACACGUUUACCUGGACCAAGCUGACCCCCUCUGGGAUUGCCCCCUCUCCGAGAUCUGGUUGCCAGCUGGCUGCCACCCCUGAAGGCAAUGUUAUCGUCUACGGGGGCUACUCCAAGCAGCGUGUCAAAAAGGACGUUGACAAAGGCACUCUCCAUGCGGACAUGUUCCUGUUGAAGGCUGAAGGCUCAGACAAGUGGGCGUGGGUUCGGCUUAAUCCUUCUGGUGUGAAGCCAACUCCCAGAUCUGGCUUCUCCAUGGCUCUGGGGCCCAACAAUCGAUCCCUGCUGUUCGGUGGGGUGCACGACGAGGAAGAGGAGGAACGCCUGGAAGGAGACUUCUUCAACGAUAUUUAUUUCUAUGACCUGGCAAAGAACCGCUGGUUCCCUGGACAGUUAAAGGGGAAGUCUGAGAAGAAGAAGCGAAGGCGAGGCCAGGCACCGGUGGGGGGUUCUCAAACUGCUCCAGAAGAUGGUGAGGGCGGAUUUGAGGGGCAGCCUCCUCCAGGUCCCGUGGAGAUAAUCAAGGAGGUGGUAGCCGAGGAUGGGACGGUCAUGACCAUCAAGCAAGUGAUCUCGGCCCCUGCGCCAGAGCCUCCGAGGUCAGAGUCGGAGGAUGAAGAUGAGGGAGCCGGAGACGAGGCCUCCGGCCAGCAGUUGGAGCCCUGCCCACGUUCCAGCUCCAUGCUGGCCGUGAAGCACGGGCUUCUCUACGUCUACGGUGGGAUGUUCGAGGUGGGCGACCGCCAGUUCACCCUCAACGACCUCUAUGCCAUUGACCUCCACAAGAUGGACGAAUGGAAGGUCCUUGUGGAGAUGGACCCAAAAACUCAGGAGUGGCUCGAAGAAUCAGAGUCCGAUGAAGAAGAGGAUGAAGUGGAGGGUGCCGAGGGAGGAGAGGAGGAAGAGGAGGAGGAAGAAGAGGACUCUGAUGAUGAGGAAAGUGAAGACGAAGAGGAAGAAGAGGAGGAACACCCUGCAGUACAGCCGGAUGAAAAGUACCCAGAUUACCUUUCCAGGACGGAGCAAUACUGGGUGAAACUGGCCCGCAGGAACAUGGGCCCUGAUGCCAAAGAGAAGAAGACAGUGAAAGUGGGACAUGCAAUGGCAAAAGCUUUCUAUGAAGGAUCUGCCUAAACAGAGUGCUGGUUUUCCUUAGCAUCACAGACCCUACAGGGUUUAAUAAUACCAACUGAACUGGACAGCUCCACAAACCUCUCCUCUUCUGGGCUUGCAUGGUGGAUUCUGGGAAGCCAGAAAGGCCUAUGGUUUUGUGUGUUUUUAGCUGGUCUCCGUGUGUCUUGAGUUAUCAACCAUUAGUUCAUUAGUAGCCUAUUAAACAGGCUGUCUUUGUGUUUUCACCAUGAUCCCUUCUAUUCGUGCAGCAGAAUCGCAUGGUACAGGCUUCCUCCGCUGCAAGCAAGAAGACUGCAUGUUUGAAUGCUUGCUGACGGGGAGAGAAAAGCUCCCUGAAAACAGGAAACGAAGACGGCAGGCUAGCUGUCUCCUUAGCAGGCUAGUUUUCUGUUUUCAGGGAGACACCCCACCCCACCCCACCCCACCCCUGGGAGAACAUUCCAACAUGGAAUUCCCCAGCUGCUGCGAUCUGGAUGCUGCAGUCCAGACAAGGCUAUACCAUGUGGCUCUCUGUGGGUUUAGUUGGCUAUAAGGCAGUUUGGGUUUGGCUGUUGCAGUGAUGCACUUUCUGCCUGCCUGUGACCAGUCAUUGAUGCUUGGGUGCCGCAGGGCACAUGUCCCUAUGCAUGUCCCAGUGGCAAGAGGGCUUGGAGAACUGCUUCAAGAGAUUUUUUUGGGGGGGGACAAGGCUCUAAAGCCGGGCUAUUCUUGUUGGGAGGGCUUUGAGGAGGCCAAAUAUUUGAGAAUGUUAGGGGUGCUCCUCUUUCUCACAACAGUAGUUGGCCCAGCAGCAGGCCUUGCAUUUCAAAGGAUUUUAUAAUAAAUAAUUCUUGCGUUCA